CAAGUCUUACCUCCCUUGAAAAUCGCUGUCCCUUUUUUUUUCUCAUAAUUGAACAUUUUCUGCGAUUCUCUUAUUUAUUUUCCCUCUUCUCCUAAUGGCCGUGAAACUACAGAAGAAUGGCGAACACUAGAGAAAUGCCAGCCAUGGCUCAGUAUGCAGGUCUGAGCCUGGCCGAGGUCCUUCGUUCCUGCAAGUCCUAUGAGGAAGCCCUGAGGAGAGUCAGAGACAUCAAUCAAUCUGACGUCGGUUGUGACGAGCUGCCUUCCUGGACCUCCUCCGUGGAUUCUGUGCUGAAGCGUUUAACAGAGGUGGUGUUAGAGAGAGAGCGCCUUCCUGACUGCUGUGACUUGUUGCAGUUCCAAGCACUAUAUGCUAGCAGUGGGAAGGUAGUGGACCCCACACCACUAAUCUUAUCCUACCUGCAGUUCAACAGCUUUUCCAAGACAAUUGCCUCUUUAAAUGUAGCUGUAACAGACAUGAAACAUUUCUGGCAAUAUUUGAAUUGUUUGUUGAAAUGCUUGCUUGGAAACUAUUGUGAUGCUCUUCUGAGGCACUUGCCAGAGAUAGGCCAAGAACUCCUUUACUCAGUCCUGGACUCCAGUGCUCAUAUUGGCUUGAGACGACUGCGGAUUGAGGAACUCAAUGACCUUUUGGAAGUAUCUAGCCAAGGGAAUCGGGAGAUUUUUAAGAAGAAAUGUGACCUGCAAGUAAAGGAUCUUUGCAAUCUGCUGAAAAUUGCUGGUAAUUACGACUUCCAGUCCAGCAUAGUGGAAGCUAUCUUUCGCUUGUCCACCACGGCAGAGAGAGUGCGCAGUGUCAGCCAGUGGUUUCCUAUGGUGGAUUGCACUGUGCAUUCACUUUUCACCAGAAUUGCAGACUUUGAGCCUGAUUGUCGUAGGUUUCUCAAUGCCUACAAUGCAGCCUUUGGUCGUUAUCGAUUAGUUUACACAUUUCCUUGUCUUACUGCUUCUGUUGGGGAAUUACAACUUAUAAAGCCUAAGACUACAAACUAUGAAAAGCUAUGGGUUGACUUCAAUACAGCUUGCAGCUCCGUUCUUAUUUUCCACCAAAUGAUCGAUUCAUCGCCAGAACAACCCUGGGAAAGCCUAACAGUGUCCUUCGAUGAAAUCAAGACCGUGACACUCUUCCGGGGUGUUCAUUCCUUUAGAUUGGUGUUUGUGAUGAAACAUGUAGAAAACACAGUCACUCUUUUUAGCUCCCCAUUGGUGCAGGAAUGCAAGGACCUUCUGUCAGACACUAUCACUCUGGAGUUUGAACGUUCAGAGUUACUACAGAAAGCUGCUUAUCUCUUGUAUGAGGAACGAUUGAAUGUCAUCAGCCAGGAACCUGAAAUGUUGAAAUACGGGAAAAAACACAAAAGGAGUAAGAAUAGCUCUUCUUCAGGGUCAGGGCAGAAAAUGUCAAGUAGUGUUGUAGUUUCCUGUACAUUAGGAGUCCUCUCCCCAGACACUCCGGCUUCAGCCAGACAGCAACAUGCAAAGAAGGUUGGUGGCUUUUUGACAGCACAUUCGGGACAUUCCUCUGGGAAAAAGACUUCUGUGUCUGAGCAAGAACUGUGUCUUGAUACAGAAGAUACCCAGAGUACACCUUAUUCUGAAAAAUUGUCGCCACAGAAAUCGACCAAGAAAUCCAAGGCAUCUGUAAGCAUCACAGACAUCGAUGCAUGUGCAAGUCCAUUUGGAAAUGAAAAAGCAAAUACAGGAAAUACCAAGACAUCUAUUGCUGUAGUACCAAAUGUUAUCAAGAUUUUAGGAGAAUCUGAUGGAAAUGUUCAAGAUCAAGACAGAGAGGAAUGUGUUGACUCACCGCACGUGAGUGGAUCUCUUGACAGGUACCUGCCAACCCAAGAUGCAGAUCUACUGAACAGGGCAAUGGAUUCCUAUGAAAGCAAAGAGAAACAAAAGAAGAGGGAUAGCUCAGCUGAAAGUGAUACAGAGAUUGUGCCUUGCUCACUUAGUACACAAGAGAGAUGGGAGUCAAAUAGGGUUGAUGUUGAUCUAAAGCCAAGGAAGAAGCAGUGUCAAGAGCUGCCAGUUGUAGGUCCUUCAGGGGAUCUGGGAGCAAAAGCAGGGAGUAAAAUAUCAGAAGAUGAGGUAGAAGAUCAGAGUAAGUAUUUCAGAAAAAGGAGCAACAGAAACAUACAAGGUGAAAUGGAUUUUGUUCCUGAGGUGGCAUCAGUGCAGCCAGACUCAACAGAGAAAGUGAUUAGAGUUCCAGAGGCAACCCCUAGUGAUUUGCCAAUCCAAGGAAAGAGGAAGCUUGAGCAGAGGAACACAGAAUGUAAAGAGGCCAUGGUUUCUGAGAUGGAACCAGUACAGCUGCAUUCAAAGGGUAGAGAGACUGUAGUUCAGGAAGUAUCUCCUAAUGAUUUACCUGUGCAAGGAAAGAGGGGACAUGAGCAGAAUGGUUCAGAAUGUAAAGAAUCAUUGAUUUCUAAGUUGGGUCCAGUACAGACAGACUCAAAGAAAAGAGAGACUGUAAUUCCUGUGGUGACCCCAGAAGCAACCCGUAAUAACUUGAUAGUGGAAGGAAAGAGGAGACUCAGAAAAAGAACUUCAAGGGAACCUACUGAAUCGCAGAUGAUGACUCCCAAGACCUACCCUUUACGCAGCCGUUCCAAGCUAUCUGAUGAGAAAAAUAAGGACACUGGACUUGCAAAGGCCUCUUCUGUUGGUUCAAAAGCAAAACAGAGAAGGACUUCUCUAGGAACAUCACCAAAACUUAAGAGGUCAUCCUUACCAAAUUAUCCAACUUUAAAAUUCACUUCGCCCAAGAUGGGCUCAUCAAUACAGGUUGAAUCUCCCGCUGUAGGAAAACUCAGGUCAGAGGGAAAGCAUUCAAGGGAUUUCCUUGAAACUUCAAAGUGGUCACCAUCCACCUCGAAUGAUAAAGUUGGAAAUAAUUCAGGAAAUAAUUCAGGGCAUAUUAUGAAAGGUGAUACAUAUAGACAUUGUAAGAGUAAGGAGUUGGUUCCAGCAUUAGAUUAUUCUAUACCUGAUCCAGUAGAUACAGAGGCUGUUGAGGCUGUAGUGUCUAAGAGCCCCAGACCAACAACACCAAGUAUAUUAGGCUCUACUUCUGUAAUACAUAACUCUCCCAGAUCUGUAUCAAAAUAUGAUAAGAAUCAAAAGAUUUCUUCACCCAUUCCAGAUCUUGUAGCUUCAGAACAUGACCAGCAAAAACAUGGAGCUUUAAGCAUUGAUAUAUUAAAGCAUGAUAAACUACAACUUAAAACCCAUUAUGAACUUGACCCAGAUAGUAAAGAGAUUUCAGAAACCAAGACAUUAGAAAAAUCAGACUUUAAAUGUCCUCCAACAUCAGAGGUCAGUUCUUUUUCAAUUCAAGGUGAUGACAACUCCAGUGGAGGUGAACUAAUGGCAAGAGAAUUAAAUGUUUCUCCACAACCAGAUAGAUAUUUGUCUAAAGACUCUUAUGAUGGUUUAUCAACAGCAGAAAAGCCUUUGCUGAAGGCAUUGCAGGCAGAAACAGACACAGUUGUACCUAUUUCACCCGCAAUAGUUACCCAUGCACAAGAAAGCAUCUCUGUUACAUCUGUGACUGCAAUAGUACACAGAGAUGGCACGGGUCGUACAACACCUCAUCAACACACUCAAACAGAAUGUCCAAGCUUUCCCAUGAGAUCUAGUGUGAAAUGGCCAGAUACACCCAGGCCUACUUUAGAAUCUGGCCCAUGCUUGUCUCCAUUGGUUAUGCCAGAUGGGAAUGCACCAUGUACAGAAGUACCAAAUAGAUCACCAGAUACAAGCAACCCUAUGUUAACUGGAUCUUUUUCAGUAGUGCCAGAUAGUAAUGUGUUUAAGGAGAGCCUCUCUGGUUCCCCAAGCACCAACCCUCUGGAUUCAGGAGAGAAUAUGUCCAAGUCUCCAGUUCUUUUUAAGGAGAAAACUACCAAAGAUAUGGCAUUGCUAGACCAUGCAUCAGAUCUAAGGAGUGGGUUUGGCAGUACUAUUGAUUGUAAUCCACUUGAUGGGUCUCUAGGAAAACCAGCUGAAGAUGAUGAAGCUGGUAAAAGUUCAAAUACUCAUGAAAGAAAUGUCUAUGAUACUAAUAAUGAGAGGGGUGAAGAAAUGGCUAGAUCAGAUUUAGAUAAAAAUGAAGGAAAUAUAAUGCAAGAUGAGGUAGAGCAAGCCAUUCCAAAUGCAUCAGUAUUAAAGUUCUUAGGAAGUGGGAAAGGUCCAAGCAAAACUCUGAUGUCAACACUCAAGAUUUUAGCAGAAUAUCCAGUUAAACCAUUAGGAUUGAAGACCCCUGGCAAGCAGUUUAGUCUUAGAAAAAUCUCAGACUCAAAUGAAUCAAGAACUAAUGCUAACACCUACCCAGCAAAGAAAAAAACGAAGAGGGCGUAUCCCCUGGGUAGAAGCAAGAGUACAUCUCCCACUGUCACAAAUCAGGAGGAAUGUGAUCCCAUCAGUGUUAAAAGUAAGAAAAAGCUUUAUGAUGUUUUUACUGAGUCAAUGCUAAUAGAGACACCACCUGAAAAUACCAGUAUUACAAAUAUUAGUGCAGGAAGAAAUGACACAGACGAUCCAUCAGACCAGAAAAGAUCUAGGGUAGGCACUAGGAAGAGGAGGCAAAAUGAUACAUACUUUGUAGAGAAAGAAAACAAAAUGAAUCAGUCACUGAUUACUGAGUGUGAGUCCUUUUGUCAUGCCAACAUUGCCAGUGUAGAUUCAGAACUGAAGGAUACAGAAGGAAAACCAAAAAGAGGUAAGGGAAGGCCCCCUCUCUCAUCAAGUGCUAAGAAGACUGGAUUAUCAGUGUAUAGCAAAUCUACAAAGAAAAGAAAAGGCAAACAAUCUAGGGGUACAACUGAGGCAGGAGGAUUCCUUGAAUACCCAGAAAUAAAGGAUCCAUCACCAAGAAGCCAUACUGUUUAUUCUGACUUUGAUUUUGACUCCUCUCAACCUGAGACAGACCAUAGCUGGAUGUAUGAGAAGAAGAAAAAGAAGAGAAACAUUUGUCACACCUAUAAAAACAGGGGCAAAUUGAGACUGUCAAAGGAAAGCAGUGAAGAUGAAUGGGCUCCCUUCAGGGUAAGGAAAAAGUGGUCACGAAAACAACCAGAAAACCUCCUAUCAGACUCAAAUAAUGAGGAAAUAUGUGCCAAGAAACCACGCAGGGAGAAACGACCAAGAAACUGUCAAAAGAGUAUUUCAUAUGAAGAGAAUACUACAGACUCGGAAUUCAUUAAGAACAAGAAGAGGCAUUCAGAUAGUCCAGAGGACUUGGUUACCAUUGAAAAGAGCUUACCAUGGCAGGCAAGAGUAGAGAGAGUAGAGUCCCCAGAACUAUUAAGAAACACAAGCAGAAGUUCAGUAGAUUCAGGACCUCCAAACUUACUGGAUUUCAAGCUCACUGCAACAAAAAUUAGGGAUAAGGAUGCUAAAAUGCAAAAAUUUCAAUCUGGUAUUGCCGAAAGCUUUGGUUUUUCUUCCCAGGAGGAAAAUGAUGCUCGCCACAGUAAACCUGUCAGCAAAAGAAUACGUAAAUCUGUUGAGGACACACAAAUUAAAGACAUGUUGCAGAAAAUAUUACCUCAGCAAGAGAAGGCAUCAAGAGUAAGAGCAGAUCCUGAGCUUCUAGUCAAUCUCUCUGAUCAACAUACUGUUCCCCAGCCACCAAAUAAUACACCUGUCUCCAUGGAGGUAGACCAUAAUAUGUCACAUCCAUUUGAUGCCAAUAAUCCAAUAGAUUCAAUUUUAGAUGAUGAUGCUAGUCUAGAUGAUACAUCUGAGAAGUUAGAAACACUGGGUGACAAACAGAAACCCAAUGAUGUUAAUACUACAGAAGUUGUUGAUGUGGGAGAAAUAAGUCAAAUAAUGACAAACAAACCAAGUUUUCCAAAUCCUUCUUGUGGUCCACUACAAAGCACCUUGAUUCAUGAGCCAGAGUCCUGUUUAGGAAGUCAUGCUAGAUUUAGCUAUGUUUCAGAGGCAGAUAAUUCAUAUAUUGGUCAAUUAGAGAGCCAGUGUUCAGCUACAGGUCUGAAUUCUGCAGUUGAUAAUGAAGGAGCAAACAAUGGCUCACCAUACAUGGAUAGUGAUGCAAAUCCCUGGCUAAGAUUGGAUGAAUCUAUCAGUGAAGAUCCUGAUUAUGAGUGCGUCAACAUGAUUCCAAAGCACCCAGGAUCUUCAUCAUCAGAAGAAGAUUCACUGGUAGCCACUGAAAAUCAUUCAGAUUGUUCCCCAUCAACAACAACCAACAUCACGCACACAGCAACACCUGGAAUCACAGAGUCUACUAUUGUACCAGAUGCAAUUAUAAGGGCAGUAGAACUGUCUCCAGAGUCACCAAAAAGUCUUCCAGUGCCAUUAUUGGAGCUUUACGGUAGACCUGAAAUUCCUGAAACAUGUAACUUAAACCAUGUACAAGAGGGACAAAAAUUAGGAGAUAAAGAUUCAUUAGAAGCACAGCAAACAGUACAACAGGGAAUUGAAGGUCUAGGUACAAAAAAGGAGGAUUAUAACAAUAUUAUUAGUGAACUUCAGAGUGAUACCAGACUAGCAUCUCAAACAACAUACAAACUUACAAACAUAUUAGAAAAAUUAUCAAGUAAUGAAGAAACACACACAAGCAACUUACAUACACCCAGUUUGCAUGAGAAAAUGAUGCAAAAAACGCCACCACGACCAGUCCCAAGAGACCUCUUCAACACAGCUAAAGGUUCAGGAACAGUAACAGAUGAUGAUAAUAUGAAGAUAAUGUAUGAUGUGUUAAACACAUUAUGGACACCAAUGUCUGAAGCAUCUUCAGCUAUGAAUAGGGUUGUGGCAGCCUUAAAAGAAGCAAAGGAGCUACUGUCAACCAAACUGAGUUUAUAAUGCCGUAGAAUUAUAAGAUUCCCACCCCCACCCCACCCCCAAGUGUCAAAAUAUAUAUAUGGUGUGAAUAAAGGUAGUUGAAUAUAGUGAUAAAAGGAGAAACAUUUAGUGUCUUUGAAAGGAAUUGUAUCUUUAGAAUUCACUCUGUAUGGAAGGGUAUUUUGUGUUAUCCAUUUUUCUGUGUCCUAGCGAUGUGUAGACAGUACCUUUCAUUUACUUAGUACAAAGAAAUAUUAUAUCCUUUUGUGUACUCGUCUGUAUUACAUAUCAAUUUUAUUCAGUACAAACAAGUAUUCACUAUUUUGAGGGUAGUUUAUAACAUAGUUCCAUGAUUUUUGUGUGCUUUACACAAUAACCGACAGACCUUUGUUUUUUAUUUUACUCAGAAGUUUUGGCAAAUUGACCUAGAUUACUUGUAUUUAUUUAUGUAUUUAUUUUUAUUUUAUUUUUUUUUGUUUAAAGUUCAUCAACACAGUUACAUAUAAUAGCUAAUUAUGCAUAUUUUCAAACUUGAAUUGUCAUAUUUCCAUCUUUUAUUGGAAUUACUGGUAUUUUGCCAGGAUUUCUCUUCAACUGUAAGUUUACUUUUUUUAAUCUUUUCAAUUUCUUGCUAUGUUAAUAGGAAGAGGUAGCUUUUCAUGGCAUUGCUUCACGGAAUUUGAUUUACAUGGAAGUUUAAAAAAAAAUUCUGAGCCCCCACUCCCCUUCUACAUCUCCCUAAUACAUUUCAUGUUUAGAAUGUAUUUUUGUAAUUUUUUUUUAGGUAAUAUACAAAAGAUUUAGGAUACUUUAUAUGAGGGGCAAAAGAAAAAAGAAAAAGUAUUUGAACAGAAAAUACGUUGGUAGGGAUUCCACCAUACACCAGUUGAGAAACCACCAAAAACUUUUUCAUGAUAUUACAUGUCAAGUUGCUGUGGCUCCUAGGCUUUCAGCCAUAUGGGAAAUGGACUGAUGGCUUAAUCUGUUCUUAAUUUGUAGAUCUUAGAUCAUCCACUUUAAUCUCUCCAGAAAUAUGCAGUGUAUUAUCAGGAAUGGUCUGUACUUGGUUUUUCAGCACUUACAUUCAUUUCCAACUAUUAGUACUAAGAUAAAGAGAAUAAAUCUUAUGUAUAAAAUCAGAUUAUAUAUUCCAGUCUCAAUUGUGGAUUAUGCAGAUGUGUUGGUUAAGAAUAAUGAAACAUUUUUAGGAAUCAAUUCUUCAUCAAGCGUUAAUGCAUUUUGGGAAAAAAUUCUAUAUGUAGUACCAAGUUUCAUCUUUAUGCUGUAAGAUUGAAUUAAAAGAUGUUUUGUUUGAUGCUCUGAAAGUUAUAUUUAUGUUAGAUUCUUUUUUUAUCUAAUUUUGAAGAAAAGGUGUUAUUGAGUUUCAAUUAUAUAUU